AUGACUUCUCUCUUCCAACUCUCCCCCUUCCUGCUCCUCAUCCUCCUCUACGGCCUCUGCCCGCAACACUUCCCCCCCUCGGCAGCAACAACCAGCUUCUUCAUCCUCUACGCCAUCGCCGCCCAGCUCAUCAUCCACCGCGCAUCGACAAUCUCCGUCCUGCACAGCCUCAGCAUCAUCCUCCUCAGCGCGGCGCACUUGGCCGUGGCGGCAAUCUACACGCUCUAUUAUACAGUCCAGGCAGUCAUGCGCGCGAGAAGCGCCCUCUUUGCGUAUUUCGAGAGAGUGCACCGGCAGAUUCACCAGUUGGCGAAUUUAACAGGCAUGAGACUCAAUCGUGUGCCGGCGCCGACUUGCUUGACUCUUGGGCUGGAUAUCCUCCGCGACGAUCAAAGUACCUUUUCGGAGACAACUUCGGCCUAUUCUUCAAAAAACAAUACAGUCCACGCCUCUCAAUGGCGCUAUAGAGAACUGUCGAGCAGCAGCUUCGUCCCUCCAUCGUUCGAAACGCGCGGCUAUCUGCCCUAUCAGCCAUAUCCAAUCGUCUGGUUCUUCCGCCACUUGUUUUACUUCACACGAGCCAUUGUGCUAUGCAUUUAUUCCACGCUUCUGUCGAUAUUCUUCACUGUAAAGUUCUUCCAUAAUACGACCAUUGCGUCUGUUCGCUUCACAGGAGCCUGCUUCAAGUUUAUGAAAAAGUACUUGCCCACAUCAUGGUAUCUCGCAAAACUCAGCAUUCGACAGUUUCCAACUUUUACCCUCUUCGCCAUGCAUCUUACUGUCACGAUAAUUGUACUGUCCUUGGGAGAGACGAACGCUCUGGGGCUGUGUAUACUGAUGGAACUAUGGCUACUGUCACGGCUGGAGCGGUUAUGA